AUGGAGCCCGGGCCGCCUGGCAGUUCCGGGCCCGCGGAGCCGGGUCCUUGCCUGAGUGGUCAGCGCGGCGCGGACCACGCGGCUUCCGCCUCCCUGCAGAGCGCGGCCCGGACAGAGCCCGGGCGCCACUCGCUCGCCGUGGCAGCCGUGUUGCCUGCCGGGGGGUGCGGGGAGAGGAUGGGUGUCCCCACCCCGAAGCAAUUCUGCCCCAUCCUGGAGAGACCGCUCAUCAGCUACACCCUACAGGCCCUGGAAAGAGUAUGUUGGAUAAAGGACAUUGUUGUGGCAGUAACUGGAGAGAACAUGGAAGUCAUGAAAAGUAUUAUUCAGAAGUAUCAGCAUGAACGCAUCUCACUGGUCGAAGCUGGAGUGACCCGCCACAGGUCAAUUUUCAGUGGACUGAAAGCACUGGCAGAAGAUCAGCUCAACUCUAAACUCUCUAAGCCAGAAGUAGUGAUUAUCCAUGAUGCAGUGAGACCAUUUGUUGAAGAAGAUGUCCUCCUUAAAGUUGUCACAGCUGCGAAGGAACAUGGGGCAGCAGGAGCCAUUCGACCUCUUGUAUCUACUGUCAUCAGUCCAUCUGCUGAUGGUUGCUUAGACCACUCGCUAGAACGUGCCAGACACAGAGCAAGUGAAAUGCCCCAAGCUUUUCUAUUUGAUGUGAUUUAUGAAGCAUAUCAGCAGUGUACUGACUAUGACUUGGAAUUUGGAACUGAGUGUUUGCAAUUGGCCCUAAAAUACUGUCGCACUAAAGCCAAACUUGUAGAAGGAUCACCAGACCUCUGGAAGGUGACCUACAAACGAGAUCUGUAUGCGGCUGAAUCGAUUAUUAAGGAGAUAAUUUCCCAAGAGAUUUGUGUAGUUAUGGAUUCAAAAGAAGAUAACAAACAUGUAGGUCAUCUUCUUGAAGAAGUGCUAAAAAGUGAAUUAAAUCAUGUAAAAGUCACAUCUGAGGCUCUCUGUCAUGCUGGCAGACAUCUUCAGCAAAUCAUCUUAGAUCAAUGCUACAAUUUUGUUUGCGUGAAUGUUAUGACCUCUGAUUUUCAAGAAACCCAGAAGUUACUGAGCAUGCUUGAAGAGAGUAAUCUUUCCAUUUUAUAUCCUGUUGUUGUUGUUUCAGUUCAUUUUCUUGAUUUUAAAUUAGUACCUCCCAGUCAGAAAAUAGAAAACCUAAUGCACAUUAAAGAAUUUUCAAAGAAAGUAAAAGAAAGAAAUAUUUUGUUAUAUGGCCUUCUCAUAUCUUACCCACAGGAUGAACAGAAGCUACAGGAGAGUUUAAGGCAAGGUGCUAUCAUUAUUGCUUCAUUAGUCAAGGAAAGAAAUUCUGGACUCAUUGGUCAGCUUCUGAUAGCAUGAAGAACACAGAAAAUUACCUACUUUCUAAAACACCUACUUGAGUAUCUUUAUUGUGCUUUAUGCCCCCACUACUGUGUGUGGUAGAAUGUUUCAAUUGUCUUUUAUAUCUUCUCUAUGUAGGAUGUGAUGCUUAGAUUAUAAAGCAGAUUAACGUUUAUAUUUAUGAAAUAAAGAAUACUUUUGUGUAUGACAAAUAUUAAUUGCCUGAACCGGAAAAAAAUAGUAGAUAAGUGGAAAAUACUAGCCUUCAAAUGAAUCUUUCCACAGAGACAUGAAAGGUC